AAGGUCGUCUCACAGACCCGACUGUCCUACGCUAUACAGUACGUCGAUGCCCUUGCGCGCUUCAGCCAGUGCGCAGCGGUCAGAUGCGCGCGAUGAUAUGUGUUAAACCGUGACGUGAGGAGCGACAGAGCCCCGAGGGUCGGACGUGUAACUUCAAUUCCGUGGGAGAAAAGCAUUUUCCUCCGCCAGAGAGUCCACGAUAACUGGAACUGCCGUUUAUCUCUUUAUUUCUUCACUAUCACAGACUGGGAGAAACUACGGCGCAUCUGAAAGCACGAGCACAGGACGCGGGAGCUUUACUGAAGGGUUUUGAUAAAAGUCAAGGUUGUCCGGUUCACAGUCGAGGAAAUCCAACGAGGAAGAUUUAUACUGGAGAUUAUUGGAGAAAUAAUUAGCGCACAUUUAACUUCUCUUCGAAGGGUUUUAAAAUAUGUGCCUGUACAAUACAUGGAUAACAGGGAAUAACAUGAAAGAAACAAAUACGGCUAUCAAAGUUUUUUUCGUCCACAGUGACGCAACAUCUCUGAAUUAAAAGUUGCAUCUAUAUGUUUUCAAAGUUUAUCUAACGAUCGUAUAUUAAAGCGUCACCCACGUCUGGAAACAGGGACUAUAACAGGCUCCUCGUCCCAAAUCGGAGAAAUGCUUCAACGCUCUUGUGGAACGGAUAUGUUGGUCAGUUUGAUCUAAUAAUCGUCCAUUGGUAUUUUAUUUAUUUCACAAAAGUUGUAAGUGGAGCUACUGAAGUGUUUGAUUGUAAGGUGUGAACUACCUUUUCUUACGCAUCGACUGACUGGAAAUGCGGUGUGAAACCUUGGAAUUGUGAUCGAAAAUUAUCGGAAUCUGGGAUUGUAGUACCUCGCAUGGGAACUAUGAUGAUUUUACUGAAUAUUCUGAGUGUGCUCUUUUCAUUGGACAAGGUGGUUCUUUCGACUGCCAGCCAUUCUGCCUUGUCAGGGCUGGGAACACACAGCUGGAGAGCCCCCAUGGACUGCCUGAGGGCCAGUGAGAUGUGCAACCAGAACUCACAGUGCAGCUCUCGCUUCCGUAUCAUGCGCCAGUGCCUGGUGGGUCGUGACAGGACUACCAUGCUGGCCAACAGGGAGUGUCAGGCCGCCCUUGAGGUGCUGCAGGACAGCCCGCUGUAUGACUGCCGCUGCAAGAGGGGCAUGAAGAGGGAGCUCCAAUGUCUCCAAAGCUACUGGAGCAUCCAUAUGGGACUCAAUGAAGGAGAAGAAUUAUACGAGACCUCUCCAUAUGAACCAAUGCAUCUCUCUGAUGAGUUCCGACUUGCCUCCAUUAUUUCGGCAAUGGACUCGGCCUCCGUAAAAGGGAAUCUGUGUUUGGAUACGGGUAAGCCUUGUAACCCCUGCCUGGAUGCUGCGAAGGCCUGCAACCUAAACGACACCUGCAAGAGGCAACGCUCGAUGUACAUGGCCACCUGCAGCCGUGCCACUCCGAUACAGCAAGCUCAGGAACCCUGCAAUCGAAAGCGCUGCCAUAAGGCCCUCCGGCAGUUCUUCGACCGAGUGCAGACGGAAUUCAGCUACCCACUGCUCUUCUGCUCAUGCCGGGAUAAAGCGUGUGCAGAACGUCGCCGGCAAACCAUCAUGCCUGCCUGCUCGUUCGAGGAGAGGACGAAACCCAAUUGCCUGGAGCUAAGGAGGACCUGUCGCUCUGAUCCGCUCUGCAGAUCCAGACUGGCAGACUUCCACAUGAAUUGCCAGAUGACGACGCAUUCCAUAACAAGCUGUCCUAAUGAUAACUACCACGGUUGUCUGGUGUCCUACGUUGGACUCAUCGGAUCAGAUGUGACUCCUAACUAUGUGGAUUCCAGCCACACCAACAUAACCAUUUCCCCUUGGUGUGGUUGUCGAGGCAGCGGAAAUCAUGAAGCGGAAUGCGAAGCCUUCCUGCGGGACUUCAGAGAGAACCCGUGUCUGAAAAAUGCGAUCCAGGCGUUCGGAUAUGGUACAGAUGCAGGUCUAGUUCCCAUCACCGAGUCGCAGUCAGCGGUGCCGUCGGUACGGACCAACCUGCAGCCGGCUAUCAUCAACAAACACGUCAUCAGCUCAAAUGAUGUCAAGCCAAUCGACAGUGCAUGCGUUUUCUCCACAUGCGCUAACCUUCAGGACAGUGAGGAGAAGUGUUCUCCCUCCAGCAGUUUUGAAUGUGCUGAUGAGAAUGUGCUGAACCCCAAUAUGGAGGGCUCCAUUGACUCAAUAGGAUCACACCAGACAGACAACAACAGAGCCAGACAUUCAGCUGUGACUUCAAUCAGCGUUUCUGUCGCCACACUGACGAUAGCCUGCGCGCUGGUCAAUCAGCUUCAGUAAACACAGCCUGACUCCACAACUCCAGGAAUCAUCUGAUGGAAUCUUCUGACCUCAAUCACAGAACUUCUUAAAAGCGACAUUGAUCUCUCUCUAUUUCUCUAAGUGUGUGUAUGUGUGUGUAUGUGUGUAGCACACGGCAUCUUUAAAAACCAGUCGCAACAGAAAACAACAAAACCUUACGAGGAGUGUUUAAAAGACUCCUAGUAGCGCCACUGCCCCAUCCGAGAGAGACGGAGGAAAGCCACAGGGAGGUUUGAAAGUGACGUGGAUGUUGUGAAGCUGACAGUUCUGAGAACAGAGAACUCAAUGGAAUAAAACUCCAAUCUUUUCUUGCGAGGACGACGGUAGCCAACAUGCUACAACAUACAGCCAUGAGUUUCAGAAGAAGCAGACCCAUCUCUGUAUAUUUUCCCUGUCAGAUAUACAGCAACCAUUAAGAAAAUAUAUCAUCAAGAAAAAACACCUCACACGAGUACAACAAUGGCCACUGUCUUGAUCAUAACAAAAGUAUUAUAUGUACUAUAAAUGUUUCUUUAGUUAAAGGAAAGAAAAACCGAUAAAAUUGAAUCUUGACAUGUGCCGUUUUUAAACAUAUUUCCACAGACACGGAUUAUUCAACGGCAGAUUUCCAGAGGAAAGGGCUGAAGCGCACUGCCCUGUGUACAAUGUGUAAAAUGUUGUUUGUAAGUACAUGAGCUUUUUUCCUAAAGAACCCGAGCAUGCAAAGCAGGCAGACGCGUGGAACAGCAACAAAAGGAAAGCCAUGUGAAACGUAUCACCGCGGAGAGCCGCCAGUGCCAAUGAUGUUCGUUUUAGGCCGUUAUUAUGUGUAAUCAUUUUUCUUGCCAAAAGACUUGGAUUAUAUUCAUCAAAGAAAAGUGAUCCAGGGAGAGCAGAACAAUAGAUCAAUUUGCGGAGCGGGUCAAUCGUUGGUGUAUUUUAUAUAGUGUGCAAUCUAUCGUGUGGCCUUACUUUUUUGUCUUUGCUCUGUUCCACUCUCUUAUGUAACGGUUUCCGACCGCACCACUCGCGGAGUAUCGCCAAAACCGGCUGACAUAAUCUGAGAUGUUCAAAAAUAGCAGCUCCAAUGACGUCUUGGUUUAUUUGUGAUGCUUUAAAAUGAGGCGAGACAAAAGUUCAAGAAUGUGUACGAAGUAUUUGUUUAAAUCUGAAUAAAAACAUCAUAGUACUGUCUACAAGAGUCGUGGUGACAUGAACGAGCAUCUUUCACUAUUUGCUUUCAAGGUACCUGGCGCAGUCUGUCAGUAUUGUUAAAACGUAAUAUUUGAACUUAAGGCAGAACUCAGUUUUACACUUAUUGAGGCAUUCCAACUGUAUCAGAUUGCUCAGCAUGUUUAGUGUAGCAAUGAUGUCUCAGAUUUAAAGGUCUAGUUUGCCAAAAAAAUUUAAUUCUUUCAUCAUUUCAUUUCCAGACCUGCAAACUCGGAAGAGUUGAAAAAGGUACCACACAUACAAUUUAAAUCCCUUUUGGGGGUCUGGGGCAUCCUCUCACAUCCCCCAUGACCUAUGAUCAAAAUCUAUUGGCCUGCACAAGUUUUUCAAGUGCACAAAACGUUUGGAACGCGCUGACAUUGUAAUGCCUGUUUCUGUGUUUUGAAUUUUCAAAAUAUGCCCCCCCCCACUCUCCCACAAAAAAUUCUUCAGAUCUCCACGAUUCAGAAGAAUGGCAUAUUUUGAUUCAAAAAGGCGAAUUUAGCCAAAAAGCGGCUAGUUUGCAGGUAUGCAUUUCAAACCUUUAUGACUUUCUUAUGCAGAACCAACACGUUCUGGCGUGAUUAGUAACUAUUUUACAAAGUGGCUAAUUUGUAUGAUCUUUCCGAUGUUUUAGUACGAUUUGCUUCUACGCCAGUGAUGUUAGGUUUAGGGGUGGGGCUUCAGUAUUGCAAUUUAUUAUGUUUUUGUAUGAUUCACAUCAUACAAAUCCCUCGUUAUCUGGUUUCUGAGCAGUUUUGAGAUCAGUUUUUGCAUUCCAUUUGACUUUGUAGAUAAAAGCCUUUUCUAAGAAAAAGCACCAAAAAAUAAUCAGGUAGAACAUCAUAAUUCCAAGGCGACGAGUUACGAGUUCCCGAGAUCAAGUGCACAAAAGAAGAUAUUUUCAAGAGCGUUUGUAAUCUAACCAAAAUUAACCCUAUUGACUUCCAUUGUAUGGAUACAAAACCACAGAGACAUUUCUCAAAAUAUCUUCUUUUGUGUUCUGCAUAAGAAAGAGUCAUUAUACAGGUUUUGAACGAUAUCACGGUAAAUAAAUGAUGACAGUUUUUAUUUUUGGUUGAGCUAUCCCUUUAAAUUUUUCAGAUCAGGCAAGUAACAACCAGACAAACUUUGCUUUGGUGUAAUGGUCAACAUUUUAACAAAAAAUACAUUGAAGUUGGAUUUGUAAUUAGUUUUAUUUUAUUUUAAUGGUAAUAAUGAAGCACAUGUGCAGACUGACAAAAAACAAAAACAAAGCAACACUGUGUAGAUGUGUGCUCUGGCCAAAUUUGUCUGUAAAUUCCUUAUAUACAAAGUAUGUGGCAUUCACUUUACAUUAUAUGGAAUGGUAAAUGACUCCCUGUAUAAACUGUCUGAAAUUGUGAGAAAUUAAGUCAAAGUAAUUAACUUUGUAGGCUAAAUAAAGUGUUUUAUAAUGCAGCCAAUGACAUAUUAUUUAAACCUAUUAAUUAUGCAGAGACGGCAAAUAAAAUUGAAUAAAUGUUCACUUUCAACUACACUACAAAGACAUUGCAGUACUCUUUUUUUUUAACACAGGAAGAUCGAUUGCAUUUUAUCCAAAGACUGGAUGCUGGUAGAAAUUCAGGGCUUAAAA